CAUGUAAUUUUUUAAUAUUUUCCCAACACCAUUACCUGCUCAUUAAGUUCGUGAAGCAACAUUCCAUUUCACUAUCUCCACUAAGAAGAAAAACUUAACAUGGUUCAACUAGCGAGUCCCUCUCUUGCGAAACCCUGUUCUCAUUUUUAACUGAUUUGUCUGAAUCAAAGCGAAAAACUAUGGAAGGUAAAAGCUGCACGAGUAGCAAAAAUCAUAAUUCAGGUGAUGCCGAGGAAAGUAAUGCUAUUAUGCAGUUGGAAGGGGAGCCCAUGCUUGGGGACAUAACUUGGGUGAAGCUUCAUGGCGACUCCUGGUGGCCUGCAGUGGUUUUUGGAAGCAAUGUCAGUGGGGAUAGAGAAAUAAAGGGUGUUCGUGUUAGGCUGAUUGGGAGCUAUGAAUACAUGUACGUGGAUCCUAUUAAAUGCCGCUCUGAGUUUCACAUUACACUUGAGAAGAAUAAUGGUUCAUAUGAAGAAAUAUUUAGGAAAGCUCUAGAGCAGGAUAUUUCUCAGUCGAAUUCCAGUCGAGUAAAGGGGAAAGUAACGAAAUCUAAAGAAGGUGAGAAAGCAAUUAGCAAGGCCUCCAAGCAAGAUGGGGUAAAAAGAAAACUCAAAUUAGACAGCUUAAAUCCAGAAAAGAAUACAAAAAGGAAAACAUCUAACCGAGAUGGGAUGCAAAAGAAACUCAAGCAAAAGAGCUCAAGUACCAAUGAACGAGUGGAAAAAACUGAAGAGUUUGACAGCACGCAGAAGAGAGUCAAGCUGAAAAGGCAAGGUGGGAAGGAAAAGCAUAGCCCAAGAACUGCAGAGCGUGUUAAAAGCAGAUCUUCUAAAGAAGUUGAGGAUGCUGCUUCGCCUGGAAGAUCUCAAGAGCUGAGUGCAAGAAGAACCAAAGUCAUGCAAACUCUCGGUCUAAUUGCUCCUUCAGGAUCUCCAUUUCACCAAAAGGACAGAUUUGUCUAAGUUUUGAUAUCUUUUCUUCAACUUGCAGAUAAUUUUUCAUUGCCUCACCCUGCAUAUUGUCAAUCCAUUUUUUGUAUUGCAUUCAAUUUUCAUGUAGCUUGCCAAAAUUGUAUAUGGAUCCGAGCUCUUUGGCUGUGAGGUCACAUGGAUUUGUACAGCUCAUUCUUGUCUAGUCUGAGCUCUUGAUUGCUAGUAUAAAAAAUUCUGGUAGAAGGAAAUCAGAACAAAUGUUUAGACAUCUAAUACAUAUCUUGUGAUGCUUCAAUUAAGAUAUGUUUGAAUCUAUAUGGGUUUGGUCGAUUGAGUUGUGAAAUCUAGAUUCUGACAAAUGUUCUAUAA